AUGUCGGCCAAGACGGUUGAUGACAUCAAACUGCAGGUUGCUGGCGACUACACUCGCUUCAACGACGCUCGAGCUUUGGCAUUGCGCAUCAACCCUAAUCGGCGAGACCCUGAUGACGCCCAGAUCCUCUUUGAAGAGAACGAUGAGUCCUAUGGCGACUACGACGCCUACUACCAGGACUGGGGCGAUGACUAUGAGGCCGAGGAUUCAUGGUGGUAUGGCUAUGAAGAGGCCGAUGAAGGUGAAUGGGUCUAUGAGGAGUACGCCAACGACGAGACCUACUAUGAGAACCAUGAUGCCAGCGAUGAGUCAUGGCAAGAGGUUGACCUUGAGGCUGGCAUGACAUCUGGUUCAGCAAGCGACUCCAAUGUCUCGGGCGAGUACAACGAAGCCUACUACAAAGGAAAAGGCAAUGGCAGUGAUGAGGGCUGCUUCAACUGUGGCAGCAAGUUCCACAGAGUUCGAGACUGUCCACUUGGCAAGGGCAAGAACAAGAAGGGCAGUCACAACUACAAAGGAAAAGGAAAGUCAAAAGGCUUCUGGAGAUGGCGACCCGACUUCAAAGGAAAGAGCAAAGGCAAGAGCAAGUAUCCUUGGAGAAGCAAAGGCAAAGGAAAAGGAAAAGGCUUUGGUCGAAAAGGCCACUACUACGCCUACCAGGAGGAGGACAACUACAAGCCUCGUGGUGGUCUGUCGAUCAGUGAAGGCAUUCCCGAUGCCUCAACUCCGCAAGAAGUUGCCACAAGCCCCAAGGAGGUCAAGACGACCAAGAGGGCCGAGAGCUUCGUGAUCCACACGUCAUCCGAGGAUGAGGACUUCAAGAAGCCAACGGACGGAUAUUCAGGUCAGCCUGAGUAUACUACGAAGGAUCGCUAUGACAAGAAGCUCAAGAUGAACUUCAUGGUCUUCAACAUGAAGAAAGAAGAGACACAGAUGAGCUACCACACCAUCCAUGGGCAGGAACGCUAUGGUUUGCUCAUCGAUCUCGGAGCUGCAUCCGGGCUGGUUGGCAGCGAGACCCUCAGAAUGCUCAAGAGUUGCUCCAUGGGCGAGAUGGAGAUCAACCGCAACAAGAUCACUCCAGUUUCCGGCAUUUCAGGAAACAGCGAGUCAACUCUCGGAGAGGUCACGUUGACCAUGGCGACCGCAGGACAACCCAUCACCUACACGGCGGAGGUCAUUGGUGGAGCUGGAAGCCUAUGCCCAGCACUGGUUGGCAACCCGACUCUUCGUCGAUUGGGUGCAUCAAUCUUGACAGAUUGGUUCGAGAAUGGUGAUGGCAUGCUUGUUCUGAACACCAAGGACGCCAUGGAUGCCGAGGUCAAUCACGUGAAGUUCUUUAGGAUCCUGCUCACAGAUUCUGGACACUACAUCCUGCCUUGUGACAACGUUCAGAACGAGAAGGUUCCAAGAGCUUCGAAGCACGAGGCCAUUGCUUUCUUCCAGAAGAUCACCGAGAUCACUUCGAAAGUUUGGCCUGACGUGCAACCACGGGUCAGACACUGCUUCCAUUCCCAGACGGCGGCAGAGGAUGACCGGUGUGAUUACAAUCGUGGACAUGAACGAGACAAAGGCCCAAUGAAGAGCCAAGAUCAUGAUGUUGGUUGUGAUCAUUUGGCUUGCGAGAAUGGAGAAGAAGAUGAACUACGUAAUUCUGUUCCUUCCAGGAAGAUUCACUUCAUCGAUGAGGAACAGCAGAAGAAGUCCGAGGAGCCCUACGACCUCAUGAACAGCGAGAAGAACAAGAGCCUAUCACCAAUUGCAGAAGAGCGCGACUCCGAGGACGAAGUUUCACCAUCAGCCAUUUUGGCAGAGCAGUGCAUGAAGAACGACAAGAGCAAAGAGCCUGCGAAGAAUUCAAACCACUUGAUCAACGAGCACCCUGCCGGACCUGCCAUUUUGGCCCCGGCAAUUCACGAUGAACAAGGCCUACGUGAGGCAAGCUAUGAUGAAGAGAAGAACGUCUUCCUCAGCUACACUGGACCUCGAUGUCAGCGCAUGAAGCAGGACAUCAUCCAGUACCUGUCCUACAUGAACCUGCUCAAGCUGAAGACUUGGCCACAGGAUGCCUACGCAGCGGAGCUCUAUGAGGGCGUGGAGAUCAAGAACCUCACCAGCAAAGCGCUCUCCGUGCCAACUACACACAUGCUCAAGAAGCUCCUCCUCGAAACCAUCAACGCCACUAUGGGUGUCUUCAAUGAAGCAGCAAGAAGGAAGAUUGACUAUGUUCACUGGUUGGACAAUCCUAUGCUCAUGAGCCUCUUCAAGGAGUUCUUCAAGGACUUGAUUCAAGUCAAAGGAGUGAAGAUUGAACUCCGACCUUUCCAUCUUGCAUCAGCAGAGCCGAAGCUUCCAUUGACAUCAUCAUACCUACGGAUGCAAGUGAGAGGCAAUGUGAAAGCAUGGGACAUUCACCCUCCAGAAGAUUUGCGAGAGAUGAGUUUCAGCCAGAUCAACGCAGCACUCGACGAGGAUGACUGGGCAAUCACCAUUUAUGGAGUGGAGCACGAUAUGGCACCUUCGCCAUCAACACCAGCAUCAAGGCCAAGAACAAGACCUGAUGAACCUGGUAUCGUGCAGCCUGCCCAGAACCUCGACGAGAUGGAUGAGAAGAGCAUAGCUGAUCUCAAGAGAACAGAAGAUGCCUUGCGGAAGCUGAUGAGAUUUGUCGAAAGCCUCACAGAGUACAAGACGAACAUCUAUGGUUGGCUGAGGAGAGAUGGCAAGUGGCGAUUCUUCCCUCGUGAGGAUGAUCAUGCAACGAAGAUCAUGUUGUGGGCGCAGUACAUCUACAAAGGUUUGAGCAAGCAUCAAGUCCAUGGAGCUCUACUUGGACGAAGCUUGCGGAACAUCAAGCCUCCAUCGAACACAGUUGGUCAUCUCAUCUCAUGGAUUCAUGGAGGACAAGGCUACGCCGUGCAAGAGCACUUCUCCGACGGAUUCUUGAAGAUGAAGAGGGUUUCCAACUACUCUCGUGAAGAGAUGUGCACAAUCUACUUGUUCCACUAUCAUCCUGAUCCUGUGGAAGAGCCAGCAAGUCAGUCGACCAUCAAUAAGGAUGACGACAAGAUGGACGUCAACGUUCCCGAUGACAGAGGAGCACUUCUUUGGGUGACAGCGACACGGCUGGACGUGAUUGCGGAUGUCUCAGCACUACAAUCACGAGUGACAGUAGCAGAGGUCAAGGAUUUGAAGCAGGCAAACAAUGUGUUCAUGAAGGUGAAGGAGUUUGCAGAUGUUGGUUUGCACUACCGCUACUUCAGGACAAGGCAUCGACGACUAGUUUGUUUUCAUGAUGCUUCGGCAGCCAGCAAGGGCCGGAACUAUGCCCAGGAAGGUGUAGUCAUUGCUUUGGCCGAUGACGAAUGGCGGAACAUCACGAUUGACUUUGAGCACACCUGCGAGACUGAGGAGCACGAGCUCAUGCAUGGAGGAGUAACGCAUGUUUUGCAUUCACAUGGAGCAAAAGCCAAGAGGGUGAGCUACAGCACAUCACAUGGUGAGACACUAGCCAUGGUGAACGCCUUGGAAUCUGCAACCUUGUGCAUGAUCAGACUCAGCGAGAUGCUACAUCCUCAACAUCCUCCAUCGUUGAAGGACCUCAUCAAGAUCCAGACGGCUGGAAAUCCAGAGAUGCCUUUGGACAUGUAUGGAGAUGACGAGGAGAUGAUCCUGAAAGCAGAGAAGGAUGAGAGCAUGGUGCGAACGACACAUGCUUCAGUGCUUGUGGGACUGGCAGCGUUUGCCACUUCCAAGAAGAUGCUGGCGGCAAUGAUGCCGACUUUGGCAUUUGGAACUUUGGUGGAUGCGCAAUCCACUGAACCGGAGAAUCAAGAGCAGAAGAGCUACUUCUUUGUGUACCUCAUGAUUUUCAUCACGGUGAUUCUGGCGGUGAUGCUUGAGAGAAUGGUGACAAGUUGGAUGAGCAAGAAGAGAAGAAUCCAACCUGUGAAGAUCGAGUCCGACGACGACGACGACAUGGAUGUCGAUCAAGAAGGAGAUCAACCAUCAUCUUCAGGAGCAUCCUUCCACCGGAAGAGGAAAGCAAGUCCUCGAGACACAUGGGAAGAUCUUGCACGAAAGGUCAUUGACGAGAAGGAGACGCUGAAGCGGAAGAACAAGAAGAGCGAAGAAGAUGCACACCUACAGCAACAGGAGAUCGACAGCCUCAAGUUUGACAACGAAUGGUGGAAAGAUAAGUAUGAGAAGCUUGAGGAGAAGUACGAUGACAAGGACUUCGAGCUGAAGAACCUCAAGAAUGACAUGACAGUGGUCACAGCAAGGAAGAAAGUGCUCGAAUCCACGGUCAGCGACAUGAGAGCUGGACUAGUGAAGCUUGAAGAUGAGAAUGCUGAAUUGAAGAUGAAGCUGGACAGGAAGACGGCAGCAUCAUCAGAGAGACCAGCACCGCCGACACCAAGGAUCACUGACAACGCCGAGAUGGCCGGCGAGAUCGAGAAGCUGCAGAAGAUGGUCAAGUUCAAAGACCAGGAGAUCAUGAGACACCUGGCUCGCAUCAAGAGCUUGGAGAUGCCAGAAACCAUCUUCAUCACGAAGACUGGCAAGAAGUUCCAUCGAGAAGGAUGUCCACAUCUGAGAGAGGGCGAACAGGACAUGCGAUUGGCUCGAUGGCUGGCCUUGACUGCCGUGGUGCUGGCUCAGCUGCUAGCUGUCGCAUACUUCUGCUUGUGGGCCUACCGAAUACGUAUGCAUCCUGUCCGGGACUAUGGCUACCUCAUUCACGAGUUUGAUCCAUGGUUCAAUUUCCGCGUGGCACAGUACCUUGCGAAGAAUGGAUGGUUCAAGUUUGCCAAGUGGUACGACUACAUGAGUUGGUACCCCAUUGGCAGACCGAUUGGUACGACUACAUAUCCUGGAAUGCAGUUUGCAAGCAUUGGUAUUUGGAGAGUCAUGAAGCUUCUCCCGAAGGCGGAGUGGGAACUCACCUGGUUGUUAGAGCAUUUGCCAAAAGGCUGGAAGACGUAUCUUCCUGGUCAUGGCAAACUGUCGUUCUCUUCCAUGAGCCUGAACGACGUGUGCGUUUUGACACCGGCAUGGUUCGGUGGUGUGGCGACUCUUUCCCUGGUACUGCUCACCAUUGAGGCCUCUGAAAGCCCUUCUGCCGGUGUUGCCGCUGGUCUUGUCAUGGCCAUUAUCCCAGCACACAUGAUGCGGUCCAGUGCUGGUGAGUAUGACAAUGAAGCUGUGGCUGUCGCCUGCUUUUGUGCAACUUUCUGGUUGUGGUGUCGCUCCAUUCGAACUCCCAAAUCGUGGCCUUGGGGGUUGCUGGCAGGCUUUGCGUACUUCACGGCUGCGGCAACGUGGGGUGGCUACAUAUUUGUCAACAACAUGAUAGGUUUGCAUGCGGCGGUUCUAGUGGCCUUGGGCAAAUACAACUCAGGCCUCUACAAGGCAUAUACCUUGUGGUAUGUGGUGGGCACUUCGCUAGCUACGCUAGUCCCAGUGAUCGGCUGGACCCCGCUUCGGGCAGUGGAGCAGAUGCCAACGUUGCUGGUCUUUGUCACGUUCCAGUUGAUGCAUAUUUGCGAUCUGGUGCGGCAGCGCACAUCUCGUUUAGACAAUCCUUGGAAGUUCUGUGCCUUCAGGGUGGCUGUGUUUGGUUCAACAAUACUGGUCGGUGCUGGCGUGUGCUGGAUAUUGUACAGCAUGGGUCACUUCGCGCCACUGGGUGCCCGAAUACGAGGGCUCUUCCUGAAGCACAAGAAGACCGGGAAUCCUCUCGUAGACUCAGUGGCGGAGCAUUCGGCGACGAGCAAUUCAGCCUAUGAGCAAUUUCUUGGAGAUGCACGCUUCGUGGCCGGAGUUGGCCUACUGUUUUGCUGGCACCAACGGACGCCGGCAAAGAUCUUUCCUGUGAUAUAUGCACUCGUUGCCUACCACUUCUCAGGCAAAAUGUCUAGACUGAUGAUCAUUUGCGGGCCUAUUGUGUCCAUGCUCGCUGGCUACCCUAUUGGAAUAGUCACAGACUGGUGCUUGCAGCAAUUCCUCAACCUUCUUUGUGCCCCGCGCGAGCAGCCCGUGGUUGAGAAGGAGAUCAGAACCGGAGGAAUGGGCUCAAUCUACCGCACGCUGUGGGGUGUUUUUCAGCCGAUGGUGCUUGCAAAAGAGGCGGAAGAUGCUCUCAGCUUGGCUGAUGACAUACAAUGCCGUUUUCCACGUCCUUGCAGGGCUAUGAGGUGUAGUGUGGCCAUUCUAGUGUUGGUGACGGGAUACAUGAAUCUUCGUCAGCCGACCAAGAAGUUCAUCAAGACCUGUGAGGAGAUCGCUCCACAUAUGGGGCAUCCUUCGAUCGUCUUCCAAAGUCAGCAGGGCUUGAUCACGGAUUACCUGGAUGGCUACAAGUGGAUGAAGGACAACACGCCGGCAGAUGCACGCGUAAUGGCUUGGUGGGACUAUGGCUAUCAAAUCACUGGCAUUGGCAACCGAACAUCAAUUGCUGAUGGGAACACAUGGAACCAUGAGCACAUUGCAACCUUGGGGCGCACUUUGACAAACCCGGAGAAGAAGGCCCACAACAUAAUGCGACAUCUUGCAGACUACGUCUUAGUGUGGGCUGGGGGUCAUGGAGAUGAUAUGGGGAAAUCCCCACAUUUGGCGCGAAUUGCCAACUCGGUCUUUCCAGAUGUCUGUGGUGAAGACGACCCUACUUGCAGGAAGUUUGGCUUCGACCACAUGACCGGCCAGCCAACUGAAAUGAUGGCAGCCUCCUUCCUCUACAAGGCCGUGAAGCACAAUAUGGAAGGAGUGCGACUAGAUCCAAAACUCUUCCAAGAGGUUCAUACAACCAAGUACGGCCUCAUGAGAAUCUUCAAGGUUCUCGGCGUGUCGGAAGAGUCCAAGAAGUGGGUGGCGGAUCCAGCCAACCGGAAGUGCGAUGCACCUGGAAGCUGGUACUGCGUUGGCCAGUACCCACCAGCUUUGAGCAAGCUCAUUGCAAAGAGGAAGAAUUUUGCGCAGUUGGAGGACUUCAACCGCAAGGACGGGGAGAAAAGUGCCUACACCCGAAUGGUCGAGGAGAAGAUGAAGCAGGAAGAAGCAGGAUGGGAUGACCGCAUUUGA